CUGUAAAAAAAAUAAGAAAAACAGCACAGAGGGAAAAUAAAUCAACGCCACCGCCGCCGCCGCCGUCGUCGUCGUUGCACUAUAAUUGCAAUCCGUAUUUUCCUCCACUCGAGUCGAGUCCCGAUUUCUGAGUUCCCGUGAAGUGCGUGCAACACACACACACACGUGCGCACAAGAAAUAAAUAAUAGAAAUAACGAAAGAAUAGUUAACGAGAUAUACACCCGAACAGAGCGGGCAUUUUGCAUUUUGUUUACCUCGAUGGCUGUGUGGAGUGCAAUUUGACGAUUAUAUAAUAUAAUAUAAAAACAAAACACAAAGAAGGAAAAACAAAUAAAAGUGCGCGGCAUUCGAUUUACAAUUACAAACAACUACAAUAACAAGUGCAUGGGAAAAAUCUUUGCCGUAAUAUGUUGCCUUUAAAUCAAUUGAAAAACCAACAACAAAAGUUAACGCAACGUUUCUAAAACUUGAAGCCUAAAUACCAAAUAAUAAUUAAAAAAUACCAAAAUUUUAAUUAAAUACAACAAAACAAAAUAAAUAAACAAUAAUAAUCAAACCAAAAGUGGCCUGCAAACCGAAGCAACAAAAACUACAACCAAGAAAUGUGAUUCAAAGUGUGCAAUGUAACCAAACACAAUUGUUAGCAAAAAAGCAAAGCCAAAAGCUAAAAGCAAACCCAAGGGAAAAGCAAAAGCAAAAUCAGUGAAAAAUCAUCGUGGGGAAAAGCAAAAGACAGGCCAAAUGGAAAUCAAGGAAUCCUGGAGCCAAUCGAAUAGCCAACUAGCAGCCAAUGUGGCCAAUGAUUAAGGGAACACUUUGUUAGCCAACUUGUAGAAGCAGCAUCCCCCGUCCACAACCACAUACAACACGCCAACACUCACUCUCACACACACCACAACAACCAUACAACACACACGGAACCACUCGGCCUCCCCGCGCAGUUCUCGAUGCCCGGCAAGCAGAAGGCGUUGGAGCAACAAUUAUAGAGUAGCAGCCGUGCAGACAGCCCAGACAACAGCCCGCUUCCCCAAGCAUCAGCUCUCGAACUCCAGUCAAUCUCAAUCCCAAGUUAAAACCCCAACAUGGACAUCAAGAUUGAGCAGCAACAGCAGCAGCAACAGCAGCAGCAGCAAGUGGAGCUGGGACCCUGCUCGCCCUCGGAGGUGCCCAAUGAUCCCGGAAAAAUGUUCAUUGGCGGCCUCAGUUGGCAGACAAGUCCAGAGAGCUUACGCGAUUACUUUGGACGUUAUGGUGAUAUCUCAGAGGCUAUGGUCAUGAAGGAUCCCACGACGCGCAGAUCCAGAGGCUUCGGCUUUGUCACAUUCAGCGAUCCAAAUAGCGUAGAUAAGGUACUCACCCAAGGCACACACGAGCUGGAUGGCAAAAAGGUCGAUCCGAAAGUAGCUUUUCCGCGCCGUGCACAUCCCAAGAUGGUGACGAGAACGAAGAAAAUCUUUGUGGGCGGCCUCUCGGCGCCCACCACACUGGAGGAUGUCAAAAGCUACUUCGAACAGUUUGGUCCGAUCGAGGACGCCAUGUUGAUGUUCGACAAGCAGACCAAUCGGCACAGAGGUUUUGGCUUCGUUACAUUUCAAAGCGAAGAUGUGGUAGACAAAGUUUGCGAAAUUCAUUUCCACGAGAUAAACAACAAAAUGGUCGAAUGCAAGAAGGCGCAGCCGAAGGAGGUGAUGCUGCCUGCCAACCUGGCCAAGACACGGGCUGCCGGGCGCUCCGCAUACGAUAACAUCAUGUGGGGACUGGGGACAUUGCCCGAAGGUUUUCCGGCAGCAGCCUAUGCUGCCUACGCUGCUGGUCGCGGCUACUCGGGCUAUCCCAGCUUUGGACUGCCCUAUCCAACUGUUGAUCUAACCAACGGGCAGCUGACACCCAACAACAAUACCCCGCUGCUGACCCAGGCGCUGUCAGUGAUGAACAACUAUCAGGCGGCAGCUGCGGCCGCCCACAGCUUUGGUCCUUCGGCAUCCCCACAUGCCGCCGCCGCCACCACGGCCACCCGGCAGGGAUUCCCCUCGACCAACUCGCCCGGCCCGACCAUCGACAUGUACAGCUCGGCGGCCGCCGAUAAUGUGGGCUAUGUGCAGGCCACCAGUCCGCAGCCGUCCGGCUUCCCCAUCGCCGUCAGCCGCGCCCCAUUGAACUACAGCCCGGGACCACUAAUUCCUGCGGCAUUUACAAAUGGAUACCAUUAAAAGGUGGCGCCGACAACCGCAAUGACAACAACAACAACAAUAGCAGCAGCAACAAAAGCAACAACAACAGCAGCAGCAGCAAUAUUUAACAACAACCAGCAACAGGAGCAACAAAAUGCAACAGCAACUUUAGCAACAAAUGACAGAUAUACACACACAGUCUACACUCACACACAACACACACUGUAAUGCUGCAAACCACAGAGAGCGCAACAAAAACAGAAAUAAUUUAAAAUUAUAUAUACAUGCAUAUAUAUACAUAUAUAUAUAUAUAUAUAAAUAUAAAUCAAAUAAAGUACGUAUUACAUAUUACGUGUAUUUCCACAUGGCAAAAAUGAAAAUCCGUUAAGAGACAGCAACUGCGAGAGCAACAAACAAUAAACCAAACACUCUCACACACACACACACAUUAUAAUUAAUUAAUUAAUUAACGUAUAUAAAAAAUACGUACAUAUAAACGCAUGGCAAAAACCAAAAAAAAAGGAAAGAAACACCCACAAACACAUAGAGAAAAGAAGCAAGAACAAAAAAAAAAAAAAGAUGAGGAAAACUACGAGCGAACACAAACAAAAAAAAAUUAAUUUUAAUUUAACAACCGCUACAAUAACAACAAGAACAACAAGAAGAAGAAGAGCAACUACAGCAACUACAACAACUACAACAUCGUGGCCCCGAAAGAUGCAACGUGUGCAGCAAAAAUCGUUUAAAAUGCAAAUUAAACGGAAACUGUGCGUCCAACUGGAGUGGAGUGGCAUCGGCGAAUGGGCGGUGGGCGUGGCUGCUCACACAGCAAAAAAAAAGCUCGGAGGCCUCCGCCCAACCACCACCACCCCAUCAUCACCCAAACGGAUGACAACCCGGGAAAAGGGGCGUAACCAUGGGGCAAACCACUUUUAAGUAAUGAGAAAACCAACAAACGAAACUCAAAACAAGAAAGGAAGCUAACUUCGGCACGCCGAAUUUUGUAUACCCUUGCAGAUAUUAUUUCA